AUGACGUCGUCACUCGAUCAGCUCAAGGCCACUGGCACCACCGUUGUCUGUGACUCCGGUGACUUCAACACAAUCGAGAAGUACAAGCCUCAAGAUGCGACCACAAACCCCUCAUUGAUCCUCGCCGCCUCGAAAAAGCCUGAGUAUGCCAAGCUCAUCGACGAGGCCGUUCAGUACGGAAAGAGCCAUGGCGGUGACAUCGAUACCCAGGUCGACGCCACCCUCGACCGACUCUUAGUCGAAUUCGGCAGACAGAUCCUGCAAAUUGUUCCUGGCAAGGUCUCAACAGAAGUUGAUGCGCGCUUCUCAUUUGAUACUCAAGCUUCACUGGACAAGGCGCGGCACAUCAUCGAUCUCUACAAGGAGGUUGGCAUUGACAAGUCGCGUGUUCUCAUCAAGCUCGCCUCUACAUGGGAAGGUAUCAAGGCGGCCGAGGUCCUGCAGAAGGAGGGCAUCAACUGCAACCUGACUCUCAUGUUCUCCCUCGUCCAGGCCAUUGCAGCCGCCGAAGCCGGCGCCUUCCUCAUCUCACCCUUUGUUGGCCGUAUCCUUGACUGGUACAAGGCCGCCAUGAAGAAGGACUUCCCUGCAACCGAGGACCCUGGUGUCAAGAGCGUUGGCGCGAUCUACAACUACUACAAGAAGUACGGCUACAAGACCAUCGUCAUGGGUGCCUCCUUCCGCAACAUUGGCGAGAUCACCGAGCUGGCCGGCUGCGACUACCUUACCAUCUCGCCCAACUUGCUCGAGGACCUCUACAACUCGACCGACAAGGUGCCCCAGAAGCUCGACGCGUCCCAGGCUUCGAGCCUCGAUAUCCAGAAGAAAUCGUACAUCAACGACGAGGCUCUCUUCCGCUUUGACUUCAACGAGGAGCAGAUGGCGGUCGAGAAGCUCCGUGAGGGUAUCUCCAAGUUUGCGGCCGAUGCUAUUACUCUCAAGGGUAUUUUGAAGGAGAAGAUUGAGAAGGCUUAG